AUGCCCGGGCUGCAGGGAGCGACUUUGGUGGAGCUGCCCAGGAAGCUGCAGCGCUCCCUCCUCCCCCGGCGGGACCUGCCGGGCCGGGGCAGCGCCGACAUCGCCGAGUCCGUGGUGCACACGGCGGUCAUGGGGCUGCUGCUGGUCACCGGCGAGGUCCGGGGGGCCGGAGGGGACCGGGGGGGGGGCGGGGGGGGAGACGCGGCUCACGGGUGUCACUCGGUGUCCCCGCAGACCCACCACUCGCUGCUGCUGGGCUCGGGCCACGUGGGCCUCAGGAAUUUGGGCAACACGUGCUUCAUGAACGCGGUGCUGCAGUGCCUGAGCAGCACCAAACCCCUGCGGGACUAUUGCCUGCGCCGGGACUUCCAGCAGGAGCAGCCCCCCGGCCCCAGAGCCCCCCAGGAGCUCACAGAAGCCUUCGCCGACGUCAUCGCGGCGCUCUGGCACCCGGACUCCUCGGAGCCCGUCAACCCCGGGCGCUUCAAGGCCGUGUUCCAAAAAUACGUCCCCUCCUUCACGGGCUACAGCCAGCAGGACGCCCAGGAAUUCCUCAAGUUCUUCAUGGACCGGCUGCACGUGGAGAUCAACCGCAAGGGCCGGCGGACCCCCAGCAUCCUGUCGGACACAAGGAGAGCCCCCGCCCUGGAGGACCCCGAAACGCUCAG